AGGAGACCUUCAGUGGACAGUAAGCGGAGGAAAACAGCGAUCGUUAGGGCCAUAAACAGAUCGGCGGUGAUCGGCCGAUACGAGGAUGCCAGCCGUGCCGAUCAGCGGAGAAGCCUCAGCUUUUCCCCAAGGAUCAUCCAGGAGUCAGUGACCACAGCCUUGGAUAUUAAGCUCCUCUCUGUUGUGACACUUCCAUUGUUCCACUGCUGCUACUGGACAAUGAAGGACCAACACACAAUGUCUGCAACAUUACCCCAUGCUGCAGGUUUUUCCAAGAUUUCAAAGUUGUAAGUAGGUUGCAGAUCUUUUAUAGGGCUGGGACUCGAUUAAAAAAAAUUAAUCGAAUUAAUUAGAGGCUUUUUUUGAUUAAUUAAUCGCAUUUUAAUCGCAUAUAAAUAUUUGACCUGAGAACAGUGAGAAGUAUUUUUUCUCACAUGGAUUUUUAGUAUACCAUUGAAUAAUGACUGAAUACAUAAACUUAAGCAACAAAAAUAUUGUUUAUUUUUGUUCAAGUCCAACAGACCAGUGCAAUUUUUGCCAUUAAGUGUAGCAAUAGCAUAUUUAUAAAUAUAGUACAUUUCAUAAAUCCAGGUAGCCUAUAGGUAGGUAGACCUUCUGUAAACUAGAAUACUUUGGUUCUUUAAGUAAAACACAAUCCACGCUAACUACCACACUAGCCGCUAGCUGCUAUAUGUUUAGCAUUGAGGUGAUACUUGAGGCUGGAUGUGCUGCGGUGAUAUGUUAAUUCCUUGUUGCCUAGCAACACAACCAUGCUCUUAUCGACGCUUCCAUCCGUUGGUUUUUAGUAACUAAAUGUCCCAUCAUCCACGGGGCCAACCAAAGGUCUCAUCAGCUUCUUCCUUCAUGUUCACUGUGGUUUGUUGUUGUCUGAACUCAUCAACGCUAGUUGGUGCUCCAGUAUAAUCGGUCCGCCUGAAACUCAUCCAGUGAGAAACGUUCCGCGGUGCAAAAAUAAGUGCGAUUAAAAUGCGUCAUUUUUUUUAACGCAUUAUUUUUUGUGUAAUUAAUUCAUCUUAAUUAACGUGUUAAAGUCCCGGCCCUAAUCUUUUAACUGGUGGAAUGGCUUUCUGCUGAGGCGAGAGACCGUGGACAGGAUGGCGGCGCCCCACUACAGACUGCACUGCCUCUUGAAGCGGGCUCAGAUGCUGCUGCUGUGCCUGGGCAUCGCCUAUCUGAUGGCAGGCAGCAUCCUGCUCCUGCAGCGUUCCAGCAUCAGAGUGGCCCAGCCAAACCUCGCCAGCCUGCCGCCUCUGCUGUCCCUCGUAGCGCCUCCUACCGCCCUCAGGACUGCAGGCCUGGGCGUGAGGGCACGUUCCAGAUGGGCCGCCGUCCAGUCCGUGUCCGGAGGGGGAGGCAAGGCGGGGCGGCACUGGCCUGCUUCUCAAAGCCUGGGGACCCAACACUUGCACCGCCGCUGGUUUCACAGUCUGCUGCCAGAGAGCCCGGAGCAGAGAGUCUCUCUCCAGAGGAACAGCAGACAUAAAGGAACCUACAUGGGUUGCUUCCUGCACAACGCCAGUGAUCGAGCCCUGGGAGGAACCAUGCUUUAUGACCUGCGCAAAAUGACCAGCUCUUUGUGUCAGGACACCUGCUCGGAAAGUGGGUACCAGUUCGCAGGUCUGGAGUAUGGAGCUGAAUGCCACUGUGGGAACCGGAUCAGUAGCCCACGGGCUCCUGAGGAGGAUUGUAGUCUGGUGUGUCGGGGUGAGAGGGGGUCUCCCUGUGGAGGCGUGGGCCGACUCUCCAUUUACAAGGUGGAGGAGCAGCUGCCAGGUCACAGAAAAUUCAGAAACGUUCACUACCGCGGCUGCUUCAAGUUACCGAAGAACACCAUCAGCACCUUCCCCAUCCACUCCCUGCAGCCCAACCUCACCACGCAGUCCUGCAUCGAGACCUGCACAGACAAGGAGCUCCUGCUGGCUGUGUUCAGGAAGCCCCACUGCUUCUGUACGUGGACGUCCUCUCUGUUCAGCCUCACCCAGCAGGCUGACAACCAGCAGUGUGUGGGGAGCACCGGGCUCAAUCACACCGCCAACUCCACACACACACCACCCACCGGACACGACCACUACCAGGUGUAUCACACACCUGUGCUUGACUCCAGGUGCAAGGAGAGGAUGUUCCUGCCUCAGAGGUCCAGCUCCCUGGUGGCUCUCUCUAGUUUUCCUGGUGCAGGGAACACCUGGGUUCGACACCUGAUUGAACUCGUGACGGGAUACUACACCGGCAGCUUCUACUUUGACGGCACGCUGUACAACAGAGGUUUCAAAGGGGAGAAGGACUACUGGAAGAGCGGCCGCAGCAUCUGCAUAAAGACCCACGAGAGCGGUCAGAAGGAGAUUGAGAUGUUCGAUUCUGCCAUCCUGCUGAUUCGAAACCCUUACCGCUCCCUCGUGGCUGAAUUCAACCGCAAGUGUGCCGGACAUUUAGGACACGCCACAGAUGCACAGUGGAAAAGCAAAGAAUGGCCAGAGUUCGUGUCCAGUUACGCCCCCUGGUGGGCGUCCCACACGCUGAGCUGGCUGAAGUUCGGGCGCCGCCUGCUGGUGGUGCACUUCGAGGAGCUGCAGCGGUCUCUGGUCCCUCAGCUCCGCCUCAUCACGGCCUUCCUGAACGUCACCAUGACCGAGGAGAGGCUGCUCUGCGCCCAGAGCAACCAGGACGGGCAUUUCAAACGCUCGGGGGCCACGCGGCCCUCCUUCGACCCCUUCACUCCGGACAUGAGACAGAUGAUUGACCCCUUCAUCCACUCUGUGGACGAGGCGCUGCAGAGCAGGAACUUAAGUGGACUUCCAGAGGAAUACCUUCCCAGAUGAUGAUAUGAAAAGGUCACUUAGUGCUUUAAAUGACUGCUCCAGCAGGGGUUUGUGAGGCAGAGGUACUUUCCCAGAAGUGGACCAGCUGACCCUUUGAUAAGCCAGUGAAUGGCUGCAGAGUCAGAGAACACACAGGGGGAAACAUGACAAUUCAUGGUGAAAUCUAAUGGUGAACAGUGAUGGACGCCUCGGGGCCAGGACGGCCUGAGUAUCCGUCAUGUUUGCAGCUCUCAGAGAGGAUUUGACAUGAUUUGUUGGCCUGCAGAGUCGGGAUUAUCUCGCAAAUAAAGUGCCCGACUGCACAAAUAUGAGUGGCUAAAUCCAGGAUGGACUGGUUUUUGGUUGAAGAGGGUUUUCUGUGGCUCUUUAUAGUUUCACUUUAGUAUACAUGUUGUGUUUUUAGCAUACAGCCAUGUUAAUAAAACAGUCCUACUAACACAGACGACAGCCACAGCAGGAGCCAGAUUACACUGGAUGUUUGUGGUAACUACAGGUUUGAGAUCAGGUGGAUAAAAGCCUCAAAGCUGCUCCAUGUGGCUGUAAAGACUCUCCAUGGACUUACAACAUGUUGAUCACAAUGAAAGUGCUUUAAACUGAAAUCCAGCCGAUUCUAUGAAUACUUUAUUUCAUUAAAUGCAUUCAGUUUUAA